UUAAUAGUGUGUUCAAGUCUGACUUUGAUUACAAAUUAAAUCGCUUGAAUCAAUAGGGAAAUAGGAAGAGAGAUUAACACUUUUUAAUUUCCUUGAGAGAUUAGGGUGGAGAAAAAGUUAUCCACCUUGAAUUAACGUUCAAUUCACAUGAUAUAAAAUUAUAUUUUUCACCAAAGUCGCUUCUUGUCAAUGAUUUUCAAUCUUUUUUACUUCUUCUUGCUUUCUUAACUCUUCUCCUCCCUUCAACUCCCUUUUAUCAUCUUUUACCAUCAUCUUGAUCAUCAAGUAAAUCAUCAUUCUUAUCCUAUUCUGUUUCAUCUUCUGGUCAGAUAUUCAUAUUGUUUAAAUGAAAAUAGUAAAGUUCAAUCUCAUCUUUAUAAAGCUUUUUCAAUUCUCAACAAAUGGCGUUAAAUUAAUUCAAUCACCUUAUCAAGUUAACAGUUGAAAAAGUGUCUACAUUACAUCUUGCAAGUUUGGUUCUCACACAACUCACCGGUUAAAAUGGAAAAUUAAAAGCAAUCGUUUCAAUUUUACCAAAUCUUCGGUAAAUUACAAAGGAUUAAGAUAAAUUUUGACGCCAAUCUGUCGCAGUUUUUGUUACCAAUUUGUUUUGUUUAACCAGUUUAAUUAUGUUGAUCAGAUGAUAUGAGACAACCGUGGAUAUGAUCAAUCCAUUUGCCGUUUUUCCUGCCACCAGGCUUAACCAGAAACCUAGCAAUAAAUUUUUUGGUAUCAAUGAUCAAAUUGGUUUAGUAGUGUUCCUUUACCUUCAAUGGAUUUUAUUAAGUGCCUUAUUCACAUUAACAUUGUCCGAGGUAUUGCCACCAGAUGAUUAUCAUGGUCACUCCUAUCGUCGUUAUCGUCAAACAUCAUCCGCACCUUCAUCUCUGUCCACAACAAUAGAUACCUCAUCAACUUCACUGCCAUCACCUUUGUUAACCCCACCAACACCAUCAGAACCCUCAUUUUCAUCUUCAUCACCAUCUUUUGUCCCUACUUCAACACCCUUUACAGCUCAUUCAAAUUCACCUAAACGCAAACCUCUCAAUGAUCCUCGUCUAAUUGUUUAUCCAGGAGAUUUAAAUGUCGCCCUUCUCAUCAAUUCACACCAAUCUCUUACACCUGGACAAUGUAGUGAUCAAGUUAAUCUAUCUGCUGUCCGAAGUGCAAUGGCGGCUAUAUGGGCAAUCCAUCAAAUUAAUGUUAACCAAAAUGCAAGUCAACUCAAAUUAGGAUUAUAUCUUUAUGAUACAUGUUCAGAUGAAUCUAUUUCCGAGAGACAAACAGUCAGAAUAUUAUCUCAUCUCGAUGAUAUUCAAUCAAAAACUUGUCUUAAAGACAGAGAAUCACCAUUAAUAGGAGCCAUUUCUUCUGGAAAAUUGUAUCGAUCAACAUUGAACCUUUUCACCAGCUUCCAAGUUCCUAUCAUAACAACCCAGGAACAAGAUCCUAUGGAAAUACCGGGAACCACUUUAUUCACUGUUGCCUCUUCAUUGAAAUAUCUGUCCAAAGCCGUUAUGGGACUGUUGAACAAGCUAAACUGGUCUCAGGCCACUCUGGUUGUGUCGGAUGAGGUUCCUCUCUAUUAUACCAAAGUAUUGGAAGAUAUUGCCACUAAAGUUAGAUUUAACGUACAAAAUUCACCAAUUGAAUCAACAGUUGAUUACCCAAAUGAAGCAAACAAACGAGACUCAACCAAUAAGGCAAAUGUUAAAAAUACGAUACUCUUUUUAAGUUCAGAGGAAACACUGAAGCUCUUUUCUAGUCUAAAAACGGUGGUUCCUCCCGAUUCGGAAGACUUUGAUUGGAUUGUUGUCACAAGUCAAGAUAUUUCAGCUCAAAUUGCACACCUUUACAGCUCAAAAGAAUCAUCUGGUUGCCACACAAAACCUUUGUAUCUCAUUUUACCUCAACAUGAAUCAACUCCAGAGCUUCAUGAUUUCCUAUCAGCUGAAUUAUCCUCAAUGGGUGACUCUAUUGAUCCUUUAUUUCGUGAGCUUUUGGAGUCGGCAACAUUUACACCAUCAUCAUCAUCAUCACCCAAUGAUUCCUCCUCAUCAACCUUUUCCUCUUCUCAUUAUCUCUUUUCAUCAAUGAUUAAAUCUGUCUGGUCUUAUGGAUUGGCAUUGCGAUCAUAUGAACGUAAAUAUUGUACACUUAAAGGUCCAUCCUACGAUUGUUCACCGUCUCAGGGAGUUUCUCUAGUUAAUCUUAUUCAAUCCGAGUUAAUGUCAAUUAAUGGGACAAUCAAUGAUUCUGGAUUUGCUUCGCUUAAUGGCUUUAAAUUGCAUUAUGAUGAUGAACACUAUUUAGUUAGUAAUCGUUAUGGACUAAAGGCUAUCACAUCAAACUGCCAAAUAAUGGACAUGGGCUAUUUUGAGGAUGGAGUUUUAUUUAACCGUGAAGCAAGACAGUCUGGAGGUUCAUCAAAGUCAACUGGAGAUCAAUUCAAGUCAGUUUCUCGAGAUGAAGAGUUUUUUGAAUCAGAAUCACCCAAUUCAAAUAGUAUACCUGCUUCUUUGGUUGUUGAUGAUAAAGAAGUUUCAAGUAAUAAUCUUUCCGAUUCACCUUCAAGUCAGCUACCAUCUUAUGGUCGACCUUUUAUCAAGCCUUUACCCUCUGAUUAUGUUUUGAGAUUGAAGCCCAUGUCUUCAGGAAUUGAUACCAGAAAUGAAAUGAAAUCAGCUACUGAAAAGACAAUCGGAAAUCAACAUCGACCCAUUGAAUCUGGAACAUCUUCACCCGGUGUUAACAGUAAACAAAUGAUUGAAAGAAAUUCAAUUGUUCGUACAAAUAGAUUAUCAUUGGCAAAUGAUGAAAUAGUGAGAAAACGUUACUCUUCAUUUUAUUCGUGGUUAGGCCACUCUUGGACAGUAACAAUCAUUUCUCUCAAUGUAAUUGGCAUCUUGAUUGCUCUUUAUACCUUUACAUACAUUUUGAUGAAAUCAUGUGAAGGAGCAUUUAAAAAAUCAAAUCAAGAUUUGGCCACCUUUCACAUACUAUCAAUCAUCAUUGUUUACUUUGGUGCUAUUUUAUAUGUAUUUCCACCAACAAUAUUGAUGUGCUCAUUGCGGACAAGCAUCCAUAAUAUAUCUUGUACAAUGUUAUUUGGCAGUCUACUUCAACGUGGAAUGUAUUUGCGAGCUCAAAAGUGGAUUGGUCUUGGCGGAAAAAUAUCUAAACUAAAUCAAUGUUUAACCUUGCUUUUUAUCAUUGGAAUUCAAUUAGCUCUGGAAAUGCAACGUUGGGCAUAUGAAUCUCCAUGGUCUAAUGAUGCUCUUUAUCGUCUACCUAAAGAGUGUUCACCCAAUUCUAAGGACUACAUAUUAUCUCAAUCUUAUUUAAUUUUGAUUAGCACAUUAUUAAUCAUGGUCUCUUGGUCAGCUCGUCAUCAACCAUUUGCAUUUAAGGAUGGCAAACAUAUCUUCAUUACAAGUACAAUUAUAUUUCCAGUUUACAUGUUUUCCGUUAUUCUUGUUGACAAUCUUACUGAAUCUCCUGAAACUGGAUCAUCCAAUUUAUCAUUGACUGACCAACAAGCAAAUCCUCGAUUAACAAGUAAUCGUCUAAAUUUGGAAAAUUAUGCCAUUUAUCGGGAUAUAAUAACAUCACUAGCAAUGAUUCUGAUGGCUUCUGCGUCUCUUUUUGGUAUCUUUGGACCAAUCAUUUAUACCAUUCAAAAAUAUGGCAUUUUACCUCCAAAAAAUGGUUCCUAUGCUGAAUCCUUGUCUACAGCAUUUACUCUGUUUAGAGGACUUGAAGGAAGCGGAGGAGGAGGCCAACGGGAAAACAGUUUAUUAGAUAGAUUAUCAAAUGUUGAUAGUUCAAGUAAUACAACCGAAGGCUCAAUUGGUCGGAGUAAAAAUAAAUUGACCAAAAGAUCAGACAUUUUCCCUUAUAUUAUUGGACCAACGGCAAAUUUCAAGUUUGGUCUGAAACCAGGAAUUAGAGAUAGAACGACAUGCCCCUUUAAUCAUUGUCAUAAUCAUCUUAAUUGUAAUUUUGGUGAAUGUUCUCAUAUUGAGAAAGGAUUGAUAAAAAAUCCCCUUUAUGAGGAUCAAGGUUUUCGUUCAGCUUAUCCAUGAAUUCAGAUGGUUAUGCAAACAUAUCCGUAGUUUAUUAAGUUAAAUGUUGCCAGAUUAUCUUAAAUUUUAUCAUUAUUAAAAAUUAUUUCAGUCUAUUUACAUUGAACGACAAAAUCUAAUGCUUUUCAUUAGACGAAUGAUAUUGAAGGUUGAAAUUGGCAAAAAAAGUAUGUAACUCUUUUUCAAUGUUAAUUUACUGUAAAAUUUAUUUUGUAAAAGCAAUUCUAAUGAGAAAAAUCAGUUUUUUAAUCAUCUUCAUUUGCCAAUUAUCAGGCCAACUUUCAUCUUCAUAAAUCAUGACUUGUAUCAUAAACUUGUAAAUAAAUUUAAUCACUUGAAUCCAAUUUAUUAA